AUGUCCUACCCAGCAGACCCUCCUCCUCAACAAUUGACGCCGGAUGACAGCGACUACGGCUCUGACUUCACCCCGGAACAAGAAGCGCUCGUGGACGAAUUGUUCGCCAAAAUCGCCACGGAGAGCGCGUCGGUUGCGCCCACUACAUCACCACCACCUCUCUCACAACCACCAUCACAAUUAUCACGAAAUUUCGCGACGGACGUGGCUGCUGCUAUUUCUAUCGCUACGCAGAAUACCAUUGGUACGCAAGAUAUCGAAGAUUACUAUGCACCGCACUCGAGCCCGCGCAUUCCUAGGGGUUUGGGUCGCGAAAAACCAGGCACUACAUGGCAAUUAUACAAGCCAGCAGGUGGUCCUUGGAGUAAGGCCACUGGGGCAGGUACUGGUGCAGGGUCAGGGUCUGGACUACCAGCGCAGAACUCAGGCAACGGCGGUGCGGAGUCUGUCGAACAUCCGAAUUCGACGGAAGGGCGCGCACGGAAUCGAGAGCGUGAUGUUGCCAGGGAGCAGGAAUGGGUUGCUGCUAUGAAUCCUGCUGCGGCAGGGGCAGGGACAGGGAUCGGGACUACUGGGGAUAAUCCGGCGACAGAUACUACGCGAACACCGAUUGAGCGAUUUCGAAGACCCCCGAAUAAAGCGUUUUCUGUGUCGGAUUUGAUUUCACCCGCGUGGUGCGAGUUGCAGUAUUGGUAUACGUUGACCAAGUACGGGAGGAAGAGGAGGACAGCGGCCAUGAAGCAGGGGACUACGAUUCAUAAGACGCUGGAGGAUGAGGUACACACGACCGUGUCAGUGGAGGUCGCGACCAAGGAAGAUGCGUUGGCGUUGCGGAUUUGGAAUAUCAUCCAGGGUCUGUGCACGUUACGGGAGUUCGGGAUGACAAGGGAAUUAGAGGUAUGGGGGUUGGUAGAUGGUGAGCUGGUGAACGGGGUGAUUGAUCAGCUUUCCUAUGAGUGUCCAGAUCCGGAGCUUGAGGCGUCUGCUGCGUCGUAUUAUGUGGAUGUUGAGGCUACGCGGGCGGCGCUACCGGAGUAUCAAAUGUCGUUGACGGAUUAUCUGCUGUCGUCUUCGCAGCGUGGGAAGCGGUUGGACGAGUUGUCCUGGGAUCAGAAUGAGGAAGUGGAGUGGUCUGCUUCGUCACCGCCGGCGCCGCCCCCGGAGGCAUUUGAGGUACCCAGGGUGUAUAUGACGGAUAUCAAGACCAAGGGUAGUGGGUCGAUUCCUACUGUCAAGAGCACGUCUUUUCGACCGACAGCGCUCCAGCUGCAAAUAUAUUACCAUAUGCUUAACCGGCUGGUGACUAGCGAUGAUGUGACUAUUGAGUCACUCGCGGCGCGCUACAACCUCGAUCCCAAUCGUCCGUUUACAGACGCCUUCGUCGCCGGAGUAGGUGGUCUAAACGACCAAUUCUUCGAUGCCAUGUCCUCACAGGAAUUUGACCCCGACUUCAUCCCUACUCCCGAAGAUGCCCUGAAAAAGCCACCCUCAUCACCUUCUUCAUCUACAAUUCCCCCAUCUGGUAGCCAAGACUCCACCACAAUCCUCAUCGAAAACAAUAAUCUCACCAAUCUUUGGCGCCUGAUGAAAGACCGUCUUCGCCUCACCUUCCUCCCAUCCCAAGAAACCGAAAUCUCCAUGGCCCCCUCCAUCCCCUCAGAAAACCAGCCCUCCAUCCUCGAAUCUUAUCCAACAGUCCUCUCCCCACUGUUGACAGCACGCUACCUCUCCGCCUCUGAAUCCCGCUCCCUGGGCAGUCGUUCGUUCCUGUACGAUCCUAUAAGCAUGACCUCUUAUCUAUCGGAGCAGAUGAGCUGGUGGAAGGGACAGCGGGAUCCGCGGGGUGUGGAGGUGAUGGAGGCGUGGAAGUGUCGGAUUUGUGAGUUUCGAGAUGAGUGUUCGUGGAGGCAGGAGAAGGCUUGGGCGUUGGCGAAUCGGAAUCGGGGGAGGAAGAAAGCUGCUGCUUAG